AAACACAGUGCUUGGCAGUAUUUGUUCAUUGUUUAAAAAAACCUGGAAAAUACUAAAAAGAGACAUGAGACAAACGAGCGCCGGAGCCCCCCCAGCCGACGCCAUGGCAACCGCUCGACCCUGCCGGCCGCGGGAGCGCGCGGCCCUCCCGUUGUUCCGGACACCGUCGCUGUGGUUACGCGCGCGCGCGCUCUGUCGCGGGGGCGGGAUUGACGCCGCAGGCGAGCAGGCUCCGCCUCUCACUGCAGCAGUAUCGGCUAGUGGGGCGCCAGGUGGGACCAGUCAGACCCUACUCUGCACCUGAGCCACUGCAGCCGGCGCCGGCGGCAGCGCUGCAAGCCCUCGCCUCCGCCGCGCCUCUGGGUCUUUAAUGUGCCUCUGCUGCCUCGGUCCUUGGUCUUGGGCCAUCCUCGCCGAACAGAAGAGUCCCCGCGCCGGCGAAGAAGCAGUUUGUGGGUUGGUCCGGCCACCGCCGCGACAGUCUCGGAACAGCCUCUCCCUCCGGGGACAGCACGAUCCUCGUCUGCUAAAACGACGCCCCUCGCUGGUCUGAAGGCCCGACUCCGACCGCGAACGCCGGAUCGACUCGCCGGCGGCAGCGAUUACCCAGCGCGCCCACGGCCGGAGGAGGCAGCCACGCCCCGCGGCCACACCCCGGCAGCUCCCUUACCCGACGGCUCCCGCCUUCGCCACCCACCGUCUUAGCCUUGUGCGCGGCGACGGGAGGCCCCGUCUGCCGGCGGUGGACCCCUACCCCAGACGCAAGAUGGCGACGGCCGCGUGACUGAGCAUCCCCAAGAGGCCGCUCCGAGGACGUGUCGACCGACUGGCUUUGAGGGCAGGGAAGGGGCGAGAGCAGGACUCUGGUGCCAUUUGUUCCUUGUGAUUGCGUGAAGCUUGUCUUCCUCCGGUCUGCUUGGGAAGAGUGUUGCUACUGUUCUAAGUCCUAGAGCACGGUGAGCUUACGUCUAAUCUGUGUUUGUAGAAUUGGUGCCCCUGAUAGUUGGGAAAAUGGCGAUGACACUGUUGGAAGAUUGGUGCAGAGGGAUGGAUGUGAACUCCCAGAGAGCUCUCCUGGUCUGGGGGAUCCCAGUGAACUGUGAUGAGGCUGAAAUCGAAGAGACCCUCCAUGCCGCAAUGCCCCAGGUGCCUUAUCGAGUACUUGGGAGAAUGUUCUGGAGGGAAGAGAAUGCGAAAGCAGCCUUGUUAGAGCUCACUGGCGCUGUCGAUUAUGCCGCGAUCCCCAGGGAGAUGCCGGGCAAAGGAGGGGUUUGGAAAGUGGUCUUUAAACCCCCAACUUCCGAUGCAGAAUUUUUAGAAAGGUUGCACCUCUUCCUAGCUAGAGAGGGGUGGACCGUGCAAGAUGUUGCUCGUGUCCUUGGGUUUCAGAACCCUACUCCGUCCCCAGGCCCAGAGAUGCCAGCAGAGAUGCUAAACUAUAUCUUGGAUAAUGUUAUUCAGCCUCUCGUUGAGUCCAUAUGGUACAAGAAGCUGACACUUUUCUCCGGGAGGGACAUCCCGGGGCCUGGGGAGGAAACCUUUGAUCCCUGGCUGGAGCACACUAAUGAGGUCAUAGAGGAGUGGCAGGUGUCUGAUGUGGAAAAGAGGCGGCGGUUGAUGGAGAGUCUUAGAGGGCCUGCUGCUGAUGUCAUUCGCAUCCUCAAGACCAACAACCCUGCGAUAACCACUACUGAAUGCCUGAAGGCUCUUGAGCAGGUGUUCGGGAGCGUGGAGAGCUCAAGGGAUGCGCAGGUCAAAUUUCUGAACACUUACCAGAACCCGGGAGAAAAGUUAUCUGCCUAUGUCAUUCGUUUGGAGCCUCUGCUUCAGAAGGUGGUGGAAAAGGGAGCCAUUGAUAAAGAUAACGUGAACCAGGCCCGCCUAGAGCAGGUCAUUGCCGGGGCCAACCACAGCGGGGCCAUCCGGAGGCAGCUAUGGCUGACCGGAGCUGCGGAAGGACCAGCCCCAAACCUCUUCCAGUUGCUGGUGCAGAUUCGGGAGGAGGAAGCCAAGGAGGAGGAGGAGGAAGCCGAGGCGGCCCUCCUGCAGUUAGGCCUCGAAGGGCACUUCUGAGUCCCCUAAAGAAGGCUUUAGUGCAGACCUAGAUCACAGCUGCUUCCUUGUGCCAGUGGAGUCUCAUAGAUGUGUCUGAAUAGUAAGACUUACCCGGUUCUAUUUUUUUUUUUUUUAUGGGGGGUGGGGGCGGGGGUAGUCAAGCCUGCAUACUCAUGUAACAUUUGUAAAAUUGUGCAAGCAAGCACUGUGAGCUGCUUCAGUGGGGCGAAAGGGCCAGGUAAAGGUUUGGACAAAAGUGCCCGGUGCAAGCUGUCAUGGCAUCAUCAUCAAUUGUGAAAAACACAUGAAUCUGUGACUCUUCCAAUGGAGAUAAUUAAAUGUUUUCACAUUGCAUGUUCAGAUGUUUAAUGCAGGGCCUGGCUCACAGGAAAUGUUUGGUAAAAAUGUGAACUGUUGUAUUGUUACUAAUAUCGUGGAUAGUGUUACUGUAAAUUGUUACAGAUUUAUAUUAAUGGAAAGAAAUACGAAUUUAUUAGGUAUUAGUUACUCUACAGUGCAGAUUUCGUAUUUCUCAUCUUUAAACAUGUGUAUCAAUUUAAAAUGGGGUGUUAGAAAAAUACUGCAAUCAUGAAGCUGUAUAAAUCAGUUUUUCACUGCCUAAGAUACAGAUAUAAAUCACAUGGGGAGGUUGACAUGACCCAGUUACAGUAUGUCAUGGACUGGUUCUUGUUAAUGCUGAUUUUAAGUAUUCUAAAUUUGAAGUUAUUGAAUAGAUGUAUAUGAAUAAAGAUAUUUAAAAAAUCC